GGGCUGGACAGAGCGGGGCGCGCGCAGCACGGCGGAAGCGGAAGGGAUCUCGCCUCUCCAGUUGCCGCCGCCACCGCCCCCGCCCAGAAUGGCGGAAGUGGAGGCGCCGACGGCGGCCGAGACGGACAAGAAGCAUUUUAGCGGCUGUAGUGGAGGCAUCAUGGACGUGGAGCGGAGCCGCUUCCCCUACUGCGUGGUGUGGACGCCCAUUCCGGUACUCACGUGGCUUUUCCCCAUCAUUGGCCACAUGGGCAUCUGCACAUCCACAGGAGUCAUUCGGGACUUCGCUGGCCCCUACUUUGUCUCGGAAGACAACAUGGCCUUUGGGAAGCCUGCCAAGUACUGGAAGUUGGACCCUGCUCGGGUAUACGCUAGCGGGCCCAAUGCAUGGGACACAGCUGUGCAUGACGCCUCUGAGGAGUACAAGCACCGCAUGCACAAUCUCUGCUGUGACAACUGCCACUCACACGUGGCAUUGGCCCUGAACCUGAUGCGCUACAACAACAGCACCAACUGGAACAUGGUGACACUCUGCUUCUUCUGCCUGCUCUAUGGGAAGUAUGUCAGUGUUGGGGCCUUCGUGAAGACCUGGCUACCCUUCGUCCUGCUCCUGGGCAUCAUCGUAACCACCAGCCUGGUCUUUAACCUUCGGUGAUGGCUGCCUCAUGGCCCUGGACCCGCCACUCCUUUCGGUUCCAGAUUCUUUCUGUUCACCCCAAAAGGCCAGGAUGGACCUGCUGCUGUUUUUGACCCAUGAGUCAGGACUAGGUGGGAAGGAAUAGGGCCGAAGACGAGCCAGGGCUAGGGGUGUUAGUUUCAUGCUGUGUCUCACUGGUCACUCAGAAGUUCCCUGUCCCUCCUUCCCAGGCCGGUGACCCCGGUGCUUGAGGCACCUCUCUGUCCAUCUGUUGGAAAGGCUUUAGCUUCCCUCUGUAGAGCUGCUUCUGUGCUGCUGGCUGGGCUCCCUCUGCCUCAGCUCAGUGCCUGGUCGGGGAAGGGGAGGCAUCUGGACCACCAGGCAGGGCCAGAGGUGAAUCUGGAGCCUAGCCUCCUGCCAGGGCUCUGGUCCUGGGGCGGGUGGGGUACAGUAGGAAGUCUCCAUAAACUAGGCUACCUGGGAACCCUCGCCACUGACCUCUAGAAUGGUCCGGUAGGGCUGGAUGCUGCCAGAAGCUGCACUUGGGGUAGUUUGUGCCUCAUCUCCUGGUCCUCCAGACCAUGCCGCCCCAUCUUCCCAUUCUCCUAAGGCCCCCAGGCACUGGGCCCAUCUUCCCCUGCACUGUGGGGCUUGGGCUCCCCCAGUCAGGCUGGAGAGAUGAGUGACACUGGUGUGUCCACAGUGACACCCUGUAGAUCAGAGCACUGAAAACAGCCUGGCCCUGGCCCCAGAUGUGGGCCUCACACUGCUGAUGGCACCCCUUGGGUCCGAGAUGGGCCAUCAGAGCAGCCAGCGCCAUCAUGGAGCUAAAUGGGAGCUGUCUCCUCCCACCUGCUGUGGCUCCCUCUUCUCUUUGAGUUGUGGGAAGAGCCUGUGCUGCCCCCUAACCCCUGUCCCACAGAUUCCAGUGGGGCUCCCUGGACAGAACAAAAAAGAGUUAAACUCUAGUGGUCCUUCGCCUCUGCAACUCGUAUGUCCUUGGAGAUCUUGAGUACCUCUGCCCCAGGAGUCUUUUCCAGUGCCUGGCUUACAGGGAUGGAACAUCCCUCAGGUAUAUCCUGCCCUGGGCCCAGCCUCUGGGAGUUUCCUGCCACUCCUCCCCCACCAUCCCAAAGCUUUCUCUUCAAGGCAGACGAAUAUUGCAGUCCCUCCCGUGCGCCCUGUUGGGAGGAACUUGGCAGUUGGGGCUGAGCAGAUUACAGCCCAGAGGUCUACAGUUUGGGAUAAGCCAAGAGAGCCCUAUCCCCUGGCUCCUGCCCUGUUCGUCAGUCACAUUGCCAAGUUCCUUAUACUGAGCCCCAGUGAUCCAGUCACUGUCCUGCUCCGCCAUGCCUCUCUCUGUGCCCUUCAGGGCCCCACAUUCUCUCCGCACACCCUCCUCUCCAGCGGGACAGGGCAGCACCUGUUCUCCAUACUUCCCACUUCCAGUCCUGUGCUUUCCACCUGUUAAAAUCAUGGCCUUUUUUCCCAAAGCCCAGCUUAAAAGUCACUUCCUUGGGCCUGGCCGAUGUGGCUCAGUGUAUGGAGCAUCUUCCCAUGGACAGAGGUCCCAGUUUGAUUCCCGGUCAGGGCACAUGCCUGCAUUAU